AUGAAACUGCAAACUCUAAUAACUCCCUACGUCGCCAAUCUGGACUUUGAAGCCCGAGUCCCUGUCCCGUUCAGCAUCUUCCCAUCAUCCUACCGGGAAGCGGAGACAGAAACAACCCAAACCCACGAAGAGCUAGAGAUCAAACUCCCCAACCAGGCCGGACGGGAGGGUCAAUACUCUUCUUACCAAGCUCAGGCAGAUCUUCCUCCCAACGGAGGUCGCUACAGCGAAGAAGAGGUCCACAUCACUCGUGAAGAGGAUCAUUACCGCCGUCCCGGUGUCCGCAGACCUCACACCACUUAUACCGAGACCCAUAUCGACAUCGAAAGGCCCCGUCAGGACUAUCGCAGCCCCAUCGACGUUGCUGAGAGUGAAUACCGAGCUCGCUUCCAGCCCAACUAUCGUGAGGAGGUUCGCGUAACAGGAACCACCGUCGACGCCCCAAGCUACCACUCCGGCCACAAGCAGUCUAGUCGUGUUGGUGAGACAACCGUCGACGCACCACACUACUAUCCCCGUUACCAGCAAAGCUCCCGUGUCGACGAGACUACUGUCGACCCGCCCCACCACCGUCCUGUCCACCGCAGCAACGCAACAACUCUCGUAGACGAAACCACCGUUGACGCUCCGCGCUACUCCAAGUCCAGAAUGGGUUACCACGACGACGACGGCCAAUACCACUCGCUCCGUCACGGCGUGCACAAGUUGGCUGACCGAAUUCUUCAUCCUGAAGGUCGCGACCACCAUGUUGACGUGACCGAGAUCCGGGAGUCCAGGUCCAGCUCGCGCAGCCGCGGCGCUGACAACCUUGGCCCCAGCACCGUCACCAUUCCCUGCCACCACAUCCGCCUGGGUGACAUCCUCAUCCUGCAGGGCCGCCCCUGCCAGGUCAUCCGCAUCUCCACCUCGGCUGCCACCGGUCAGCACCGCUACCUCGGUGUCGACCUCUUCACCAAGCAGCUCCAUGAGGAGUCGUCUUCCAUCUCCCACCCGGCUCCCAGCGUCGUCGUCCAGACCAUGCUCGGCCCCAUCUUGAAGCAGUACCGCGUCCUCGACAUCCAGGAUGGCAGCAUUGUGGCCAUGACCGAGACGGGCGACGUCAAGCAGAACCUCCCCGUCCUCGAGCAGUCUAACCUCUGGAACCGUCUCCAGAGCUCUUUCGAGUCGGGCCGUGGCAGCAUCCGUGUCCUGGUCGUCAGCGACCGGGGCCGUGAGCUCGCUGUCGACCUCAAGGUUGUGCACGGCUCUCGUCUGUAA